CGAAUGAAAAAUCGUCUCAACUGCAGCGGUCUUUUUCGCAGUUUUUCGUUGCGUUUGGUUGGAGUUUGUUGUAAUUUGUAGAAAAGUUGGUCGUCUCAAAGGGAGUUUUGCAAAGAAAAAAAAAAGAAGAAAAAAUUUCACUACCACCCAGAAAAAAAACUCACUCUAAAAAGAAAAGAAAAUUCCAUUAUUCCCUUGCAAAUAAUUAAGAAUUUUCUUAUAUAUUCUCUCUUGCAAAUUACGACGAACCAUUUUUUUUUCUACACAAAUGCUUAACAUGGAAAAUGCAGAAGAAGUGAUGCAAAUCCUGGAGAGAUUUACUCGCUUAAAGCAAAAAGAAAUUCCUAAAGAACUCGACGAUUAUAUGCAUUAUGUUGCAAAAACCGGUGAUACGGUAUUCAAGUGGUCCAGCUUAAAAUAUCUAUUUCGUGAGAAGCUCUUAAAUGUGAUUAAGAAUUUUCACGACACAUCACCACGAGUAGAUGAUUUACCCCAAUAUCCAAAUGUGGAUCCUUUUAAUUAUGAAAGCAUGAAAUCGUCACUUUUGGAACGUCUGGAGCUUUUCAAUGCUGCUCCAUUUACCGUUCAGAGGUUGUGUGAGCUUCUAACCGAACCUCGCAAGCAAUAUAGUCGCAUUGAUAAGUUUAUGCGGGCUUUGGAGAAAAACAUUCUGGUAGUGAGCACCAUUGAACCGGGUCGUAAGCAAACUGAAAGCGAAAAUGGCGAUUCUCUUGAUUCGGUGGUAAACGGUGAUGUUUCAUUAGAUGUCAAUGUAGACAUUGAAAUGGAAAAUGAAACUAUUUUCAACGCUGCCGAUGCCCCCAGUAAUGCAACACCAUCUGAAACAACACCUGCUGCACAACCCUCAUCCAACCUUAUCCACAAAGCUGACGAUGAUAUACUGCCAAAUCCUAAAAAAGCAAAGUUGGACCUCGACGAGACCAACGAUGCCGAAACCGAAGCAGCCACAAAGAGUAUUGCCACCAUCAAACCCGAACCUACAAUUCCAUCUGUUGAAGUUUCUAUGGCCGAAGAAAAAACCGACACAUCUGAGAAGAAGCAAGACGAAGAGCCUGUUUCGGAAGAAAAACCAGCCCCUGUUGAAAAUGUAGUGGUAGAAGUAAUUAAAAAAGACAAUAAAGAACCCGAACCCGAAAAAAUGGAAGAAGACUUGCCCGAUUCUGCCACAAAUGACGAGACAAAGAAUGAUGUUAAGUCUGAGUUAAAAGAGUCUGAAAAGAAACCCGAAGAGAAAGAAGUUGCAUCCCCCAUUUCUGCUGCUCCAAUUGCUAAGGUGGCAGAAGAAGAAUCAAAACAACCUAAAGCUGCUGAAGAAACCGUUGAUAGCAUCACUGACGUGCAAGUGAAGAAUGCUGAAAAAGAAACAAUAGCUGACAAGGAAGAAAAGAAAGAAGACUGCUCUCAAGAGCAAAUUAUUGAGAAGACAAAAGAGGUGUCCGAAAAGGAGAAACCCAUUGACGAAGAAGUACAGAACGGCGACGUCAAACCAAGCGAGCUAAAGACUGAAACUAACAUCACAACAACUGUUGACGCAACUAAUAACAAGCAAUCUGAAAUGGCAGUUGACGAGACUGCUCCUUCAGCUAGCGAAGAAAAAGUUGAAGAUAUCAUUAAAGAUAAGAAAGAAGAAACCACCACCGCAGCCAAUGUCACUGUUGCAGUUGUCGAAAAAGUGGUUGAGGCCGAAGUUGUGCCUACACCAGACACAAAAGAGACAACAAAAGACGAAGAAACUAAAGUAGCAGAUGAACCAAUGGUUGUCUCUGAGGAAAAACCUGCCCCAGCUGAAGAAAAGAAGGCACCAACUGUUGAUAGCUCAACGGAAUCAGUUAAAGAACCUCAAACUGCCACACAGGAAAAAACUGAAUCUCCACAAAUCGAAGCCGUCGCAAAACCAGAUGAAGAUGUAAAAUCCGCUGAGGUUAAAGAGAAGGAGACUGAAAAGCCAACAGCAGUUGUUGAUUCACCAGCAGUUGAUACACCGAAGGCCGAAGCUACUGCCGCUGAUGCACCAGCAGUAGAAAAGAAAGAACCUGAAGCACCAUCUGUUGAAACAACUUCAGCUGACCCCCCAACACCGGCAGCAGUCGUUAAAGAAGCACCUGUAGAAGUGGCAGUUGAGAAGGCGGAUGUUGAAAAAGCGGAAGUCGAAAAAGCGGCAGUUAAAGAACCAGCAGUCGAAAAACCAGCAGCGGUUACACCGACCGUUGAUGAAUCACCAGCUAUUGUUCCACCUACAAAUGACUCGCCAGCAACUGAAGCAGCACCUACAGAGAAAAAACCAGAGGUUGCUGCUGCACCAACGACAGAAAUUACACCAGCAGUAACAGCUUCAACGGUCAUCUCAGCAGUUGAAGAGGCGCCAGCCAUCACCGCCGACCAGCCCAUGGAAGAAAAUCCCGAAUCCAUUGCCGAAGCUGAACCAGUUGUCCCAGCAAUUGUUGUCGAAGCUGCCGCCACCGUCGAAGAGGUUGUUAUGGGUGAUAGUGCUGCAAUGGCAACGGACGCCAUCGAGCCAGCCAAGGACGAACCAGCUGGCAUGGAAGUCGAUGAUACCAGUCAGGAGGCAAUGGACCAAUAAACAUCCACAAUAAUUUCCUUAUAAGUAGAACGGCAUCGAAUUUGAAAGCAGCUAAAGUCAGGGGUAUUACUAUUUCCUAUUUCUUUUCCGUUCUCUUUUCUUUUUCUUUUUUUUUUAACUCAAAACAUUCUUCUCUGCGGUAUACGUCCCAAAUUGACUUUGAAUCGGAUGCUCGGGCGGUAAUUCUCAUACAUAUUUAUAAACGUAUUAACUUAUAUUCGAAACAUUAACGAACAUACAUAUAUUAAACUAUUCUAGUAUUAAUCAGUACGUAGAUAUUUUUUUUUUAUGAUUUUGAUUUUAUUAUAAUUUUUUACACAAUUGGAUGAAUGUUAUCUGUUUUUUUCUUUUCAAUUUUUAUUCUUGCGUUCCGAUUGAAACAAUAUCUGUGAAUUUUUCGUACACAUAUAAAAAUCGUUUAAUUAAAAAUAAACCUACAUGUAUUUGUAAAUCCUUAUGUGAA